GUGAAACUCAAUGAAGCCUUGCUGAAUGCGAUGCGUUGCAAUGGGUUUCCCUCCCAGGCUGCUGUUUGUUCUCCAGCUGGCUCACUCCCAGCUGAAUGACCCGUGGCAGCUCUGCAUCAACGCGCUGUGUCAGAGCACUGAACCAAAUCAAGACCGAUGUCCUCUUCUGGACUCGUGAGGUGUAUGAGUUCUGCCGCAGGUCCGGCCUUGGACGUCAGCGGGGAGCCCCGCCGCUGCUCCGAGGAGGAUCGCCGCAGGCUGAAUGCCGGGCCAAACGCCUUGUGCGCCAGCGAGGCGGUUUGCAGAGAUCUCUGCGCCGGCCGGCACGACUGUCACACCGCCCAAGUGUUGACGACGGGGGAGGUGUGCUACCUGAAGCCGAUGGCCUGCGAGCGAGCAAACACUUGGUACAGGGAUGAAUUCUAUUUGGGAUUCGUGAAGAGCGGAUUGCCGAAGGGCUGCCCCGACAUUGAGGACACGGCCCAGCUGCCGAGGGAGCCCCAAACGACACCGGAGCCGGCGCCGGCGCCGGCGCCAGAGCUGCAGCCGGGGCAGCCGGGGGAGCUUUUCUUCCACACCCCUGCUCCGGAGUCCGUAGAAGAGGCGGCUGGGCCAGCAUGGUCGGCGACGGUGCAUUUCCACACGAGCGCGCCGUCAAGGGCACCCGCGGUCGCGAUUUCUCCCCCGGCCCCAACGCAGGGUGGGGGGCCCCCGGCGAGUCCGGCCGUCGCGCCGGCAGCCUGGCCCGGCCCCGUGGCCCCUGGCACGCCGGACCCGGCCACUGCGGUGGCCCGACCAGCGGCGCCCGGAGCGGCCAGACCAGGGAAUUUGGGGAAGGCGGGGCCGUGGCCUCACGAUCCGCCGGACCCGCGCCUCACCAGCCCAGAUGACCGCUGGUACAUCCACAUCGGCAAGCGCUGCAUCUUCGCAGGCAUGGCCCUGGAGAGCCCGGAGACCUGCCUCCGGCAACCGGAGCGGGAGGGCUUCAAGGGGUCCUUCGUUGGCGGCGCGGCCGCCCUUUGCCUGGACGUGAACCGCUGCAUGGCGCUUUGUGAUGCGACACCGGGCUGCUAUGCAGUGGAGGUGUCGCAGGCGGUGGACCGUUGCCAGCUGAAGCGGUCCAGCUGCCUCAUGCCCGAGCACUGGCACAACGCGGACACCAACCUCCUGGUGGUGGGCCGGGUCCGGCAUGAGACGACCACCACUCCCGAACCUGGGCCUGCCGUCCAGGGCACCUUGCCCAACCGCAGCCGGGAACAUCGACCCACCGCUGCCCAGGUGCUGCUCCGCGCUUCACGGCUGGUGGAGAAAGCCGCGGAGCGGGAUGCUGCGGAGCAGCAGCUGCGCACGAAGGCCGCGCCUCAGUUGCGGAAGAACCAGGUCGUUGCGGAGGCCACCUUGCAGCGCUUCGCCGCCCUGGCGGAGUUCAGUUUGGUGGACAUCACCCAGGAGUCCUCCAGCAGGAGUUACAAGUACAGCGGCGCCGUGCGCCGCGACUGUACGCUGUACCUGGUGCCCUUCAACGCCGACAGCGUGGGGAUCUUCGACACCGCCCGCCGGAGCUUCCGCACCGUAAGCAUCCCCAGCUCCUCGGAGUUCAAGUACUCCGCGGGCGUCAUGGUGGGGGACGUGGCCUACUUCGUGCCUUAUGCCGAGAGCCACAUCGGCGUCUUUGACACGGCCACGGAACAGUUCCGGGCGCUGGACGUCUCCUGGGCCAGCUCGGCGGAGUGCAAGUACUCCGGGGCGCUGACAGCCUCCUCCGCCGUGUACUUUGUGCCCAGCAGCGCCGAGAACAUAGGCGUGCUGGACCCCUCCUCGGAGGAGUUUCGCACCAUCGGCCUGGGGCCGGGCGCGGAUGCCAAGUGGAAGUACCAUGGAGGGGUGAUCUAUGACGGGCGCUGCUACUUUGCUCCGUACAACGCAGAUCACAUCGGAGUGCUGGACAUUGCCUCCGAAUCCUUCCACACCAUCGACAUUUCCCAUGCCAUAGAGAGGGAUACCAAGUUCUCGGACGCCUUCGCGCAGAAGGGCGUCGUCUACUUCGUGCCCUUCACCGCGGACGGCGUCGGCGCCUGGGACGUCGCCAGCCGCCGCUUCCGGCUGCUGGGCCUGGCGAACGGCGGCUUCGGCGGCUUCAAGUUCCUGGGCGCGGUGCAGGUGGGGGCGCUGUCCUACUUCGUCCCGGACAGCGCGGACGGGGUGGGCGUGUUCCACGCGGCCACGCAGGGCUUUGCCUCCUACGAUGUUUCUGCAAGGGUUUCGGCCGAUUCGAAGUUCUCCGCGGGUUUGUUCUUCAAUGGCGCCGUGUACCUUGUUCCGAGGAAUGCACACAGCAUCGGCAUCCUGCAGGUGAACCAAAGCCACGCGCACCACUGCCCCGCCGGCACCACGACUCAGGUGCAGGUGGUGCUGGGGGAUGCCGGAGACGCCGGAGACGGCUUGGGGCUGCUGCCGGAUGGCGAUGAGAGGUACUUCUCGGGUUCCGCUCUGCCGCUGCUGAGUUGGGAGGCCUUUCAGGCCCUGGCGGUGAUCUUGGCGGCGCUGCUCGCGGCGGAGCUCGCGCGGCGGGCGAAGGGCGAGUCGCUGGCCAGCUGCAUCGUGGCGGCGCUCCUGCCCACAGUGCUGUACUUCGUGGCCCGGGGCCUCCUGGACUUGGCGUGGCCUCUCCCGGCGCCCUUCUGGGUGCAGAUGCUGCCGGCCAGCGCCUCCUUCCUACUCUUCUGGCUCCUCUUCCAGGCAGUGCUUCUUUGGCCGUCAGCAAACUCUGAAGACUCAAGUGCCAGGCUGGACUGGGUGGACCUGCUUGCUUGCAUGGCCGGUCUGGCGGCAGCAGAUGCGGCCAACGCCUACGCGCAGCCCGACACGGGCAGAUCCCAGGCUGCCGUGCUGGCAGUUGCUUCGGCUUUACUGUGGGGCCUCGAUAGCUUCACAGGCUCCGACUCGAAACUCCGGCGCUCCCCGGCGCUGGUGCUGCCACUCGCCUUGCUGGCGCUGGAGGUGCUGAGCCGGGCUGUGCUGGGCUUCCUGGAUAUCGAGGUCUUGGACCAAGAGGGCUACCUGCAGGACGGGCUGAGCCAUGGUGUUCCUGGAGUGGGUUCCGGGCUGCUGCUGGCUGGUCUCAGCGUGCUGCUGCUGGCGGUUGGCUUGGCGCUGCCGGGCGAGGCGGAGCGCGCGGUGGCGGUGGCCGUCGCCACGGCCGCGUUGGCAGCGCUGCGGGCGGCGAGGUGGCUGGCGAAGAGCUUUGGCCUGCGCCCCGACGAAGGGCACGAGCUGAUCUUCGCGGUGGUGAUGACCGCCUUGGCGGACUUGGCACUGAUGGGCUUGCAGAAGAUGCUGGCACGCACCAGGUCCGGGAUCUCGGCGGAGCAGCUGGGGCCACAUGGCCUGGGCCUGGCGCUGGGCCUCGCCUGGGCCAGCCGCCUGCUGCGCGCCUGCGCCGCGCUGGCGCCCAACCCCAGCCCCUGGGCGCUGUUGCUGGCCCUUCUCGUGGCCUUGUUGAUGCUUUGGAUCCUGGCGCAGCCACGCAAAGGCCAAGGCUACAGCCAGGUGAAGGUACAGCCGAAGGUCAAGGAUCGCUGCCCCGACGCAGGACAUUUGCGGCUCUACCGUGGCAUCGAGGCCGCGCCCGUGCUGUGCCCUCCGCAGCUGUCGCACGGCGAAGGCGGCGAGCUCCAGCCGGGCCCGCGGCUGUGCCUGGAGGAGCCGGGGCUGUCGCUCUUCGUGGACCUCUGAGGGUCGUCUGAGAGGUCGUUGGAGCGUCCCAGAGGAGCCCGCGGUUGGUUUCCUUUUCGGGUGCCCUGAAAAAUGG